AUGGACAAAGUUAAACAAUUUUCAAUCUUUCAUUUUAAUGAUGUUUAUGAGAUCGAAGCAAGCACAGUAGAGCCAGUUGGUGGAGCUGCUCGUUUCGUGACUGUUUGCAAGUAAUUCAAAAAGGAAAAAGGUGAUUAAGGAUUAGUUUUAUUUAGUGGAGAUUUGUUCAGUCCUUCUACUUUGUCUGUCCUUUAUAAGGGCGAACAAAUGAUCGAACCUAUCAAUGCUUGUAGCGUUGAUGUUGCUUGUGUUGGCAAUCACGAAUUCGACUUUAAUCUUGAAACCAUUUAAAAUAGAUUUAAGAGAUGUAAUUUUCCUUGGUUGUGCAGCAAUAUUUUUAACAUUAGAACUAGUGGUAUAUUAGCUGAUAAUCAUGCAUAUUACAUAGAAGAAAGAGCAGGAGUAAGAAUCGGUAUUAUGGGUUUGGCUGAGAGUGACUGGUUAAAUACAAUUACUGAAAUAGAUAUGAGCAUAGUUAGAUACGAAGAUUUUGUUAAAUGCGCUAAGCAACUAAUUGAAGUAUUAAAAAAAGAACAUGGUUGCGAAAUGAUUAUAGCAUUAACUCAUAUGCGUGUUCCUAAUGAUAAAUUAUUAGCAUAGGAAGUACCUGAAAUUGAUCUUAUUUUAGGAGGCCAUGAUCAUAUUGUGAUUGAUGAACUUGUAAAUUAGUCUCUCUUUAUCAAAAGUGGAACAGAUUUCAAAGAUUACAGUAUUUUAGACAUAGAAGUAGGUGAUUUUUCAUCAGUUCCAUAGGCUUAGCGUGAAUAAUUAAUGAAAGAAAAAGUCUAUAUAAUUAAGAAUAAAUAUAAAAUCAACUUAAAAUUCCACAAUGUUACCAAGGAUAUUGAAGAAGAUGAGUAAAUUAAGAAGCAUGUCGACUUUUAUAUUGCUAAGUCAAGGGAUGAAAUGUAAAAAGUUAUAGGAUAUUCUUUUGAACCUUUGGACACUCGUUUUAGUGUUUUACGUACAGAAGAAACUAAUUUUGGAAAUUUUUAUGCUGAUGUUAUUAGAAAAGAAGUAUAAGCAGAUGUUACUAUCGUUAACUCAGGAACUAUACGUUCUGAUUGUAUUUUCCCAGAAGGAGAAGUAAAUUACGCUCUCCUCAAUAAAGCACUACCUUUUCCAGAUAUAAUAGUAGUUUAAGAGUUGACAGGUGCUCAUAUUUUGUAAGCAUUAGAAAAUGGAGUUUCAAAAUGGCCAAAUUUUGAUGGCAGAUUCCCCUUAAUUUCAGGAAUUAGAUUCACCUUCGAUGGUAGAAAGCCACCUGGUGAAAGAGUAUUAAAAGAUGAAGUUUAUAUUGGUGAUAAUCUAAUUGAUCUCAAUAAAAAGUAUUCAGCUGCAACUAAAUAGUUUGUUUCUCUAGGAAAAGAUGGCUAUGAUAUGUUUUAAGGACGCCCAUAUAUUUUAGCUUUUGAAAAUGGUCUGCCCCAUCUUCAGAUCAUGAUUUCUUUCUUCAAAAGUUUAGAAACAAAAGAAAGCCUAAAAUCCAAUAGCAAUUUAGCUUCUAAAUUUUCUGAAAUUUAAAAAGUUGCAUUCAAUAUGGAUGAUGAAGAAGAACUACCACCAGUCAUGUAGCCAUAAGUAAUCAGAAGACGUAGUAGCAUUAUUUCACAAAACACUCCAUCUUUAAAUAAUAUCAAAGUAAUGAGAUCUCUCAAAAGAAAACAAUCUAGAAUUGAAAAGGUUGAUAAUAGUGGACUCGUUUCUGGAAUUAAAGUACAUGAUGAUUAGGCUUACAUUGUUAUUGCUCCUAAAUGUGAUGGAAGAAUAAGAAUAAUUAAAUGA